AAAGCAACGACAACAUGUUUAUGGUUGAUCCAGAAGAGGUUAUCGAUAGAAAAUACGAUAUAUUCCGUGUAGAUGGAUACGAAGAAGAGGCCACUUACAAGCGAAUAGGAGAGUGGUGUUUUGACAUUGGUCUAGUUUUCACAGUGACGCCUAUAGACGCGAGGGAUGUCUUUCCCAACGCUUUACCUGGAUUGGGUAACGUAACCCUAAAGGUUGGAACCAUCGUACUGGCUCCAUACAUUACUAGAGUAAACGGUACCGGAUGGGAAGGAUUUUGUAUCGAUAUACUCAAUGAAAUGAGUAGUACCAUGAACUUCAAUUAUGUACUGCAAGAACCUGAAGACAAGAUGUUCGGUGUUUAUGAUAAUGCAACGCAUAACUGGACUGGAGUUAUAGGAAUGGCAUACCGCAAUGAAGUCGAUCUCGGAAUCGGACCUAUUACACUGACAGCCCAUCGUUUUGAAUAUAUUGACUUCACACAUCCUUUCUCUGAAGACGGAAUUGGCAUCGCCUACAGACUGGAAGAUGACCGUGUCUCCAUGGACAUGAUAUUUCGACCAUUUCAAUUGUGGGUUUGGAUACUAACGCCUGCUGCCAUAUUUUUUGUCGGUAUCUUCCUGACAGUAAUCAACAAGAUCAGCGCCAUGUUCAGAUCUACUGAAGCUAGUGAAGAAUUAAACUGUUCCUACUACGAGAAUUGCUGGUACACGUUUGGAACAGCCCUCAUGCAAGGUCAAAACAACGAACCAAAGAACAUAUCAGGUCGAAUCAUGAUCAUCUUCUGGUGGCUGUUUGUUAUCCUGUUGACCACAUACUACACAGCCUUCUUAGCUGCUAUUCUUACAGUCAAAGUCUCCAAAUUAUCCAUCACAAGUCUAGAAGAUUUAGCACAUCAUCCUUCUAUACGGCCCAUAACGCUCUCCGGAUCAACGUGGUGGUCAUAUUUUUUGAAAUCACGGAAUCCAUCGUAUCGGACGAUUGGUCGAGAGAUCCGCAGGAGUCCGAAUGUCACAGAUACUGCUAAAAUAAUGGAAAUGGUGUUGACCGAGAACUUUGCCUAUGUCAUGGACAGCUCAGUUGUGAGGUAUUUCGCUGCGAAGGACAAGAAGGCUUAUGCAUUCGUCGAAGAGAAGGGUUACAGACAGAGCUUAGGUUUCAUCACGCCAAAACACUCAGCUAUUCGAGAAAUAGUUUCUUUCAAGUAGGUGAAACAUUUCGAAUUUAAAUACUUCAUUAUUUUGUUUUUUACUUUUGUGAAGGCGAAGAAGUUAUUGCGUGGUUAAGAGAUUCGUUUCACAAAUAUGUUGUUGGGAGUUCGAUCCCGUAGCAGAUGAUUGUG